AUGGCCGGCUUGGAUGUUGAUUCGGUUUUGAGACGCAUCGGCCAAUUCGGUCCUUAUCAGAUUCGCAUCUUAGCUCUGUUCACGUUCAUCUUCUUCCCCAUCACAUAUCAAACGCUGAUCAUGGUGUUUGUGGCGUACGAGCCUCCUUGGAUGUGUGCUAAGCACAGCGUGACAUGUUUGGAAUCAAAUAACUCAUCGCCUAACAGCUCUUCAGUAGAGAGUGCUGUUUACAGCACAUCUACCAAACCCAAACAGCUUUAUGAAAGAAGAUGUUCUUUGAAGAGAAGCGACUGGAAGUUUGCUGAGUACGAUCUCUAUGAAGGACCACAUGAGACUAUUGUAACCGAGUUUGACUUGGUGUGUAGCCGUGGGAUGCUGGGGUGGCUCGCAAAUUCCAUGCUGUUCAUUGGCUGGGCAGUCGGUGCCAUCGUAUUGGGUUUCAUCGCCGACCGAUAUGGCCGAAAAAGUGUCCUGUUCCCUUCCGUGUUAAUAGUGCUGCUGGUGACGUUUGCUAUGGCGUUUGCUAAGGCGUUCUGGAUCAUUGCUGUUUGCCGAGUAAUUAUCGGGUUUUUCGAGGCUGGUUGUUUUCUGUCAAUGUUCGUAUUGGCCACCGAACUGGUUGGGCCUGAGAGGAGAGCGCUAGCUGGGACCCUUGUUUGGUUCUACUUCACCGCAGCCCUAAUGAUUUUGGGACUGAAGGCCUUUUUUAUUCGUAAAUGGAGAACACUACUCAUUGUAUCAUCAGCACCGUGGAUUUUCAUCCUCGUAUUCUGGAAGUUCAUUCCCGAAUCAGUGAGGUGGCUUCUUGUUAAGGGAAAAAAAGAGAAAGCUCGAGAAAUUUUGUCUAAUGUCGCCAAAGUGAACAAGAAGGAGAUGCCAAGCGAAGAACUACGUGUCCCAGUAACCACCGCGAGCAAGGGGAUCUUUGAGCUGUUUAAGACAUGGAAUAUGGCAAAGUUGUCUUUGAUCCAGUGUUAUGCUUGGUUCGUGAACGGCAUGGUGUAUUACGGGCUGUCACUGAGUUCGGGAGAAUUUGGAGGAAGUAUCUAUUUGAAUUUUGUUCUGACGAGUUUGGUAGAAAUCCCUGGAAAUAUUCUGGUUAUCCACAACUGUAACAGGUUUGGUCGUCGGAAAACGUUGGUAGCUUACAUGGUUCUAGCAGGAGUCACUGUGGUGGCUGUUUCCUUGAUCCCAAAUGGCACUAAUAACACAGGUUACAUCGCUGGUCGAGUGACGCUUGGCACUCUGGGUAAACUCUGUAUUACUACUUCUUUCAACGCCA